AGCAGGCAAGAGCAGGCGAGAAGGAAUACCGACACCGGGGCGUUGAUUUUCUUUCUCAUAUCGCUGAUAAAGAACAAAGACCAAGUCGGAAUAUCGACUCAUUGACUUUUAUAACAAUAGAGGACGAAAGAAGUUAGAAUUUAUCAUAAUCUCAUUUAUUAUACCUGGCCGACUGUAUAACGUCGAAAGAUGAAUAACAUCCACGAAGAGAUUGUUUCUUGCCCUUACAAUAAGAGUCAUCGUAUACCUAGUUCAAAAUUUCAGCGGCACCUCGUAAAAUGCGAAAAGAAUUUUCCACCUGAUUACAAGGUUAUCUGCCCAUACAACGCGACUCAUCGCUUUAGCAAGAGCGAAAUUAAAGAACAUAUCGAUACGUGUCCCAUGAGGUGGACUGUCGAAGGGAGUUACAUUUUGUAUUUGAACCUGAGUUUUGGACACAGAGAGCAAACUAUAACUGCUAAUGUACAACUCUUUGCAUUAUGAUUGCUAUAUUGGAACCUGUGGCAUUAAGAAAGAAAAUUAAUCGAUUGCUUUAGUCAAUUGAAUUAUUGAAAUUGAUCAAUUCUUUUACUACCCUGAGAUUAGAGUGAUUUCUAGCAUCAUGAACAUAAGGUUGAAUACAUGUUAAUUUAUGUGAUAAACUUUUCAAUAUAAAUAAGAUGUUGGCCACUGUGAUAUAAUUUAAUUUUGUAUAGCUUC